AUGGCUCGCGAACGCAAAUACGCUGGCCUUCCAGACAUGGAUGAUGCUCCGGACAUUUACGAGACGCCCGAACUGACCGACGACACAUCUACUGUGCCGACUGCCACCCACGCCCAAUCCGACGACGAAUUCUACGACGUCGAAGACGACACACAGAUCAUCUCCAGGUCGCGCCUCCGCAUCGACGAGGCCCGUGCCCACUUCCUCCCCGCCCACGUCAGCUCGGAAGGCGUUGACUUCUCGGAGCGCGUGGACGGCAAGCGCAAGUCGUACAAGGCCUCGAGCCGCCGACAGAGGAUCCUCCAGGACGGCACCCGGGAGCUCGGCGACCUAUCCGACGACGACGACGACGAGAGCCUCGAGAGGAGGAUUGCCCGUCUGAGGCGCGAGGUGGAGGAGGUCAAGGAGGUGUAUGCCCGGAAGAAGGAGGCACCACCGCCCGGCGUGGCGUCAGAGUCCCAGGCCGAGGGCGGCCUGGACAGGCUGCAGUCCCUUUCCCACGUGCUCGAUGAGAUCUCGAGACCUGUCGGGACGGCGCACACGACGCCUGCCGCCGCCCCGUUGCCCGCACCCGCACCCCCGUCCGGGGAGGAGCGAGAUGCGACGGCGACGGCGACGGCGACGGCGGCCGUGCCUGUGAACGGCGAAGCCACAUACACGGUCACCUACGCACCCACAUACGACAAGUCCCACGCGCUGGCGCGGGCGGCCGAGUUCGACCGACGGCUCCUGAUGCUAGAGAGGGGGCUCGGGAUCAACGAGAGCCCGGUCCCCGAGGCCGGGUCCGAGGGCCUCGGGCGCGCCAUACUGCCCACUCUCGACUCUCUGGAGAAGCAGAUCUCUACUCUGGCGCAGGCUUCGACGGCCAACCUCGACGCCAUCAGCCGACGCGUGCGCAGCCUGGCAGCAGAGCAGGACAAGCUCAACGACGCGCGCGAAAAGGCCAAGACGCUGCGCGAGGAGCUCGGGGCGCCCUCCGGCGCCGGCGCAGGCGGCGAAGAGCCGGAGCAGGAGGCCAAGGUCAAGGCCCUCUACGGCAUCCUGCCCACCAUCGAGAGCCUCACACCCAUCCUGCCACCCCUGCUGGACCGCCUGCGCUCCCUCAGGGUCAUCCACGCCGACGCCGCCGCCGCGGGCGAGCGGCUCGACCGCAUCGACCGGGAUCAGGCUAGUCUGGCCGAGGAGCUCAAGCAGUGGCGUACCGGGCUGGAGAAGAUGGAGGGGUCCAUCGGGGACGGGAACGGGACAUCCAAGGAGAAUCUCAAGGUGAUGGAAGCGUGGGUGAAGGAUCUGGAGGGUAGGUUGGCCAGUCUGCAGUAG